AUGAGUCCCGGGCCUAGUCUAACUCAACUUUUUCUUCUUCCGCACAGCGGGUUUCCGCUUCCCUCCAGGGCGGUGGGUGAGACUGUGAGGCCGAGGCUCGACCAGAUAGCGCCGCUAUGUGGCCCCGGGACGCAGAGCCAGAGCCCGACCCGGAGUCCACGCAGGGCCCCCGAAGUGGCAGGACAGUGCCGGGGCUCCGAGCCCUGUUGCCCGCACGCGCCUUCCUCUGCUCUCUUAAAGGUCGCCUCCUGCUGGCCGAGUCGGGCCUUUCAUUCAUUACCUUCGUCUGCUAUGUGGUAUCCUCGGCAUCUGCCUUCCUCACGGUGCCUCUUCUGGAGUUUCUGUUGGCCAUCUACUUCCUCUUUGCUGAUGCCAUGCAGCUGAAUGACAAGUGGCAGGGCUUGUGCUGGCCCAUGAUGGACUUCCUGCGCUGUGUCACGGCUGCUCUCAUCUACUUCGUCAUCUCCAUCACCGCUGUCGCCAAAUACUCAGAAGGGGCUUACAAGGCAGCAGGAGUUUUUGGCUUUUUUGCCACAAUUGUGUUUGCCAUUGACUUCUACCUGAUCUUUAAUGAAGUGGCCAAAUUCCUCAAGCAAGGAGACUCUGGGAACGAGACCACAGCCCAUAGGACAGAAGAAGAGAAUUCCAACUCUGACUCCGAUUCUGACUGAAGGACUGUCUGCGCUUGCCAACGGGAGCCACUCAGCCCUCUCACCCAUACCGUCCCCACGUGGCUACAGGAGCAUGGCAGGGAAUGCCCACGGGAGAGCAGACUGAGGCCUCAACUCAAAAUUAGCUGUGUUGGCUUGGUGCUGCUGAGCUAGCAUGGUAGGGCUCAUUGAAUAUCCUCCCUUCUCCUUUCUGUCCUUGGGCCCCUUUAACCUCUUUGCCCCACAGAAGCACACGCCAAACAGAGCCAAUCACUGCAGUUCAUGUAGCAGCAUGGGGUGGGGUGAGACUUCCUUUUAUUAACAGGGACAGACAAAACCACAGCAGGCUGGGCCACCAGCCCCAGCCUGCACAGAGUGUUUCUGUUCACCACUGCACUUCGGUUGACAGGACUUUCAGGAAUCUUUGUUCAAGAAGUUUCCCUCCUCACUGUGAAACAGGGAGAAACUUAACUAGCCAAGUCUUCCAUUGGGGGUCUGAGACCUUUGCAAAAAGGAACCUAAAGACUUGUUUACCAUGGCCCACAGACAGGGAGCCAACCAGUACAGUGGCAGUGACCAAGUCACAAGUGGCUGGGCAGGCCCAGCCAAGCACUCUCCUCCUGGGGAUCCUAAAAGGUAAAGUGCUUCCUCCAGACACCUGGGCAGGACCACCGGUGACAUGGGCCUUCUAUCCCUUGGGGGCUGAUACUGUGUAUGUGUCUUUGAUGGGGUUUUCUUUUUUUAUAUUUUUUUUAUACAGAAACAAUGUAACAAAUGGCCUUUUCUGUAACCCAAGAGGCCCCAGGAAUGAGCCAGAGUUCUGGGCCCAUGUCUUGGGCAUUUGUAACCUUCUUAUCUUGCAUGUGAAUCCCCUCCCUAAAAAAAAAUGCCACAAUGGAUUAAAACAAACUGACUACA